CCACCCUUUCCUUCCCCUCCCCUUACCUCGCACGAUGGGUUUGGUGACACCUAUCCUGACGCUCGCGUUCAUCGUGGCCGUCGGGGCCCUCUCUGUAACGGGUCUGCCCGCUAUCGCAGGGCGCGACUCGUCUAUCGAAUGGCACUCUUGCGGAAAGCUCGAUGACCAGUACGGUGCCAUCGGCGACCCGCUCAACAUCACAUGCGGGUACUACGAGGUUCCGCUCGACUGGGCGGACGGAUCGGUGGGCACCGCGAAGCUUGCUGUCGCUAUAUAUCCGGCAACGAAGUCGCGGCGUGGGACCAUGUUCGCCAACCCUGGCGGCCCCGGCGGCUCAGGCGUCGAAUACAUCCUCGAGUACGGCCACAAUAUCAGCGCCAUGACCGGCGGGCACUACGACAUCGUCUCCUGGGACCCCCGCGGCGUCGGCCACUCCACCCCGGGCCCGCCGACCUGCUUCGACAGCGACGACGACUGGGAAGCGCUUUUCAACGGCACGCUCGAGGUCACCGGGAUCGAGAUCAGGGGCAACCUCACCGACGGAGACCAGAUCGACGAGCUCUACUCCCACGUCGACGAGAUGGAAGAGAGAUAUAAGACGCUGGGCGCGAGCUGCGCGAAGGCGGAGAGCGGGAAAACGUUGCCGUAUCUGGGGUCGGCGGCGGGCGCGCGGGAUAUGGUGGCGAUGGCGGAGUACUUCGAUCCGGGGGUGCAGGCGAUCAACUACUGGGGGGUCUCAUACGGCUCGAUGCUCGGGUUCAUCUUCGUCAAUAUGUUCCCUGACCGCGUCGGACACGUCAUACUCGACGGCUGCAUGAACCCGAUUCUAUACACCAGUAAGCCGACCACAGAGUACUUCCCGAACGACGUCGAGUCCACCGACGAGGCUUUCGCCGGCUUCGCGACUGGCUGUGCGAUGGCCGGCAAGGGCAGCUGCAAGCUGGCGAAGAGCAACAACGACACGGCUGCGGACAUCACUAAAUAUGUUCAGGAUAUGUUCGAUCUCGCCCACGACCUCCUGGAGUCCGGCGCCGACCUCAGCAGCUCGCUCACCUCAGCACAAGCGCGCGCCUACCUCUACAACUCCUUGUACAUGCCCGCCCAUUGGUCCGAGCUCGACGACAUCAUCUACGCGAUCCAAGAAUCCCUCGAAGACAUCGCGGCGGGCCCGGGCAACUCCACCUCCGUCAAGCGCGAGCUCGAGCACGCGAAGCGCCAGCUCAACGAGUCGACGCAUCGCUCAAUAGGCACCGGCACUGCAAAGCGCCAGAUCAGCGAGGCCAGCGCGCACACGUACGCGCUCGAGGCGAUCUACUGCGGCGAUGGCGUCGACGCGGGGAACAUGACCAUGCGCGGCGGCUUCGACUCGAUCGUGUGGGCCUCGGAGAACGUGUCGCCGAUGUUUGGCCCGCUGUGGGGUGUGCAGGGCAAUGUGUGCUUCGCGUGGCCUGCGAGGGCGGUCGAGCGGUACACGGGGCCGUGGAAUAAGAAGCUGAAGAACCCGAUUUUGGUCAUCGGGAAUACGGCCGACCCGGUCACCCCUUUCGAGAACGCGAAGCUCAUGGCUGAUCUGCUUGGGGAUAGCGCCGUUCUCCUCAAGCAGGAUGGCUUUGGUCACUCGUCAUUGGCGGAGAAGUCGACCUGCACGAUCGACAUCAUCACGAAGUACUUCAAAGACGGCUCGCUACCUUCGGGCGACGACACGCAAUGCGAAAUCGACGACAGCGUCGUUCUCUUCCCCGACUCCGACGUCACCCAGGCGGGCGUCAAGGCGAACCUACUUGCCGCUGCUGGCAACACGGCCACCAACGACGCCAACGCAUCGCCUAUCGAUGAGCAGCUCAAGGACGUCGAGUCCGAGCGCGACAGGUACCGCACCGCGACCAUCGCUGUGAGUGCUGCCGCGGGCGUGCUGCUCCUCGCCUUGAUCGCCUCCAUCCUCCGAUCUGCCCGCGAGCGGAGAAAGUACGCGCGUGUGAAGAACCCAACUCGCGAGGGCAUCCUGGACCCCGCUUGGUUGACGGACGCACCGUCGCGCCAUUCCUUCACCGACCCUUAUGACAACACUUACGAAAAGCGCUGAUCACCUGCGCAUGCCUAGGGACAUUCCAACGAACAUUCGUAUUUAUCCAAAUCGUCCUGUUGUACUCGAGCUGUAUCGAUAUGUAACGGAUCCUACUUGCACUAAUGUACCGGACAUCGCCUUCCACGGCUACAGAGCUGAACUUCGACUACCAAGGAUCAGGAGUAAGAAGACCCAUG